AAUACGCCACGCUACUGUACAUAUCAUAACUUGAACUUUAUGUAGCCGUUGUUUAAGCGAUUACAGUAACACACAGGCGUAAAUAACACAUCAUAGUCCACGUUAUUAUUUUUUUUCCCAACACAUAAAACACCUAUGUUAUAUAAGCGCGCGGCAGAGAGGCUCAUUGGCUCGCGGAGAGCUGUGGGAAAGUCUGCUGUGAGGAGGCAUGUGUCCUUGGGAAGCAGAGACUUACACCUUCUCUUUUGGUGUGGACGUUAUACAUUUUUGUCACGAUUCAUUUCCUGUCACCCGAGGGGGCUCGCGGGCAACUACAGUGCGCGCGCACAGUUUGAACCCCUUUUAACUUUCUCCCUCGGGAUUACGCACAGGGACUUUCUUCCACGGAGAUGUCAGGCUGAGAUGUCAAGUGUCUCCAAGACAGGAGGAGGAAGCGUUUUACCGUUGUGGAGUUUUGUUCCGUGGGUGACACUUUACAUUUACUCGGAUACUCUCUUUUUUUUUUUUUUUAAACAUGAGCGAGCAGGUAGGGCUUCAGUGCCUUGCGCGAGGACACCUAACCGGGGCGCGCAGCUGUUGAUGGACUCCUGCUGGGAUCAAACCUGCAACCUUUUAGUCUCGGCACAGCCAAAACAACAACUCUGCCACCCUGCUUCCUGCCGAUAAAACAACCUGUAUCACACCCACAGUAUGGAUUACUGCACAUUUAACAACUUUUCUCCUAAUAUGGAUUUAAUUUGGUGCGAACUGUGAUACCUGCACGCUUCUUAUAAAGACUUUCACCUUGACGUGCGUUCCCACCACAUAUCCUGCGGCUUAGUGUUGUUUCUGGCACGUUUUUAUGAAGAUAUCAGAGCCCUCUGUACACUUAAAAGAGUUGUAGCCCUAAAUCUCGUCGGCUCUCAUGGGACUGAGGCAUUCGUCGCGUUGUUUGCUGCUACGGCGGAAGAUGGCGGAGGCGGACAGCUCGGAGCGGCAACAGCCUGUCACGUCCCCCCUCUCUCAGUCUGCCCAGCCCUCCCCACUGCCUAAACCAGUGCCUACUGCCCACCAUGUGCCCUGCGUCCCCCACACGCCUCAUGUAGCAGCCCUGGCCACCUGUCCUGGUCGAGGCAAGAUUGCCAAGUUCAUCAGCCCGGAGGAUAUGACGUCACGGGACUACUACUUCGACUCUUAUGCCCACUUUGGCAUCCACGAGGAGAUGCUGAAGGAUGAGGUGCGGACGCUCACUUACCGGAACGCCAUGUACCACAACAAGCACGUGUUCAAAGAUAAAAUCGUCCUGGAUGUCGGUAGCGGCACGGGGAUCCUCUGCAUGUUUGCAGCCAAUGCCGGCGCCAAACAUGUGUAUGGGAUCGAAUGUUCGAGCAUAUCCGAAUACUCCGAGAAGAUUAUCAAGUCCAAUCACCUACACAACGUCAUUACCAUCUUCAAGGGCAAAGUGGAGGAGGUGGAGCUGCCUGUGGAGAAGGUGGACAUUAUCAUCUCAGAGUGGAUGGGCUAUUGCCUCUUCUACGAGUCCAUGCUCAACACCGUCAUCUUCGCCAGGGACAAGUGGCUGAAACCCGGAGGCCUGAUGUUCCCUGACAGAGCGGCUCUCUAUGUGGUAGCCAUCGAAGACAGGCAGUACAAGGACUUCAAGAUUCACUGGUGGGAAAACGUGUACGGGUUCGACAUGAGCUGCAUUCGCAAUGUGGCCAUCAAAGAGCCUCUAGUGGAUGUGGUAGAUCCGAAGCAGGUGGUGACGAACGCCUGCCUCCUAAAGGAAGUGGACAUCUACACCGUGAAGCCGGAGGACCUGUCCUUCACCUCAGCCUUCUGCCUGCAGAUCCAGCGCAACGAUUACGUCCAUGCCCUGGUCACCUAUUUCAACAUCGAGUUCACUAAGUGUCACAAGAAGACUGGUUUCUCCACUGCUCCAGAUGCUGCCAGCACACACUGGAAGCAGACAGUGUUUUAUUUAGAGGACUACUUGACUGUCAAGAAGGGAGAGGAGAUCUUUGGCAGCAUCACUGUCAGGCCCAAUGAGAAGAAUGUGCGUGACCUGGAGUUCACCCUGGAGCUAGACUUUAAAGGACAACUAUGUGAGGCCGCCAUUUCCCACGACUAUAAAAUGCGUUAAGAACAACAACCAACCAACAAACUAUCCUCAGCCCCUCUCGACACUCGCGGGAAA